AUGAUUGAGUCGUUAAAAUGUGUCCAGUAUUUCAAAGGAGAUCCUUUAGAUGAGUUAACUUCAUCAUCACCAUGUUUACCUCCUCUACAACCUUCACGAACACACAAGGUGUUCUUUCGUUGUGACAGUAACCCUGUAAAGCCACCUAUACCAUAUCCUGAUGACUAUCAGGAUAAGUGGAACGGAUUGUUUGUUCGUAUGCCAUGUUCUCCUGAAAGUGUUUAUCCGGUUUAUGAAGGUGGUGCUAAUAGUCUUAUUUCUAGAUGGGUCGUGAUUGAAAAGGCAUUGAGAAAUAAGAUAAAAUCUUCUGACGAGUUGAAGGAAGCUAUUCUCUCCUACAACUAUCGUUUCAAAUCCUACUGGAAUUUUAAAACAUUAGAACAAUUAUGUAUGAUGAACCUGAUCCCCGAUGGUGGAAACGAUAAUUUCUUCGGUAACACUCUUUCCGGAAUUUGUUCGUUAGCACUAAAUUUGCCUAUUUUUGUUACAAAACCUAUUCCUUUACUAUCAUGCCGAAAAGAAUGCGCACUUACUUUAAGUCAACUCCAGAUAGCCAGUCUUUUGGCAAAUGCUUUGUUUUGUACAUUUCCUAGACGUAAUUGUCACAGUCAAGAUGCAGAAUAUGUUAAUUUCCCUCAGAUCAAUUUCUCUCAUUUACUGUCAGCAAAAGCCGACAGUAAAUAUAAUACAAGCAGUGGAUGUGUACAAGAAGAAAUUAUGUUUGCUUUACGACCAGAAUUGUUGGUCAGUUGUUUAUUUGUCGAGCGUCUGGGGUUUGAUGAGACACUUAUUAUUGAAGGUGCUGAACAGUAUUCCGUAGGUUCUGGCUAUGCUGAUGAUUUCUGUUGGGCUGGCGAUUUUAUUCAUUCGGAUAGUGGGAUGAAACGCGAUAAGUGGGGGAGAUGGAAUUAUGCAGUAGUAGCAAUGGAUGCUACUAAAUACAGUAAUCCUAUGGAACAGUAUAAUGUCGAGGAAAUGCUAAGAGAAUUAAAUAAGGCAUAUUGUGGGUUUACCGACGAGUUAUUUCCUGAAAGAAAACUACCUCCAGUUGUAGCUACUGGGAAUUGGGGAUGUGGUGCUUUUAGAGGUGAUGUAGAACUGAAAUGUAUUCUUCAAAUGAUGGCAUGCCUUCAAGCUAAAAAGUCACUGGCAUAUUUUACUUUUGGUGAUAAAGGGUUUUGUGAUAGAAUCUAUGCAAUGUAUACGUUGCUUUCUUCUGAAAAAGUAACUGUAGGACGAUUAUGGCAAAUACUAAUUGAGCAUGCUGGACAUGACUUGAUGAAAAACCAAUCUGUAUUUGAUCUUAUUUCUCAAACAUUGAAGUAA